AUGGCGGCUGAAAAUAGCAUUUUGAAUGCUAUUGUGGCUCUUCGUCCUUUACGUGAUGAAGUCGAUAAUUUCUUUUUGUUUGAAGAAGAAGUAAAAACAGCUCUCACUUCAAUUUUUGAAAAAAACCGUGUGGGCAAAAGCUCUUUGAAACGAGCUAAAAUGUCACAAAUUCCAGCGACAGCACUCCUGGAAGGAGAAGUGAAGAUGUGGCUUAAGAUGCUCCAUAGGCGCCUCAGUCCAAGAAUGAAGGCCCGAAGCGCUUGGACUGUAGAGUUUAAAAGGGCGAUGUCCUCGGAAAUAUUUUCCUUAAUUUUACAGAUGGUUAAAAAGGCCCGUUCCACUUAUGGUGUUGUGCACAACGAAGAAAAACACAGAUAUAAUCUACUAUAA